AUGUCUACUUCCGGAACUUUCCCCGCCUCUAAUUACGACUCUGGCGAUCCUGAAAGUGUUUCCAGUAAUUCAAUGAGAACAGUUGAGAACACUCCUACCCUCGAAGAAAGGUUCAAUACUGCUACUGGUACUCGAAAAAGAAUCAGGAAACGAUUCCAGUACAAUGAUACCACCGUAAUGUACAAGAUUGAUGGUAAUGAAAUCUCAGUCAGCACUCAUGGACCAACAGGGGGUACAGGUGUCGGCCCAAGAUAUCUCCGAGAAUUGAAAAAUGGUGACCAAUUCGAUGUUGCAGUAUACAGACAGAUCGAACACCAUUUGAGAAAUGAACCAAAAGACAGCGAUGUCGACUCUUUCAUCUAUUCAAAGAGAGGGGAGAAUGGUACUCAAACUCCUAUAAAAGUUACCGUUGUGACCAGUCAAGAUUACAGUGGCACAACUAGAUAUGCUAUCUCGCAAACCGAAACUGACGAAGAUGGAAGUGAAAGAUCAACAAAGUUUUCUGAUUUGACUGAAGAUCAAAUUGGGAAUCAUAAAGGACUUUGUAACCGGUCCUUCCAAGAAGGCUUCAGAACCUUUUUAAACGAAAAGGCGAAGGGAAAAUCCACGGCUAACCCCACCACGAGUUCUGUGGCUUAG